AUGGCUGCGACAAAAUUAAAUAAGAUACUAUAUAAUCAAAUAUGUCGACUAAAAUCCUUGAAUGCAACUAGUUCAACUCCAAAAUUUGUACUUGAGCAGUCACCAUUUGUUGAUGAAGAUGAUGAAGCAGCAGCAGCUACUGCAUCUUCGAGCGAAAAAGAAAUCCUUAUUAUUGGACGAAUUUUCCCAGAUUCAGAAAUAUAUCGAGAAGGUGCAUUUAAAAUUGAAAUGAAAUUAACAGACAAUUAUCCAUUUGAUCCACCUGAAGUACGUUUCCUUACUCCAAUUUAUCAUCCAAAUGUUGAAAAAGACGGUAAAUUUUGUAUCGAAAUAUUAAAAAAAACUGGUCAAUGGAAAAGUACAUCCACUUUAAUUGAAGUUGUUACAGCUGUUGUUAAACAUAUCGAUCAGCCAAAUAUUGAUUAUUCAGAGAGCGUUGAACUUGGUCGUGAAUACAAAGACAAUCGACCUGAAUUUAAUCGGAAAGCACUGGAAUACGUUAAAAAACAUGCUUUGUCACGUCAAUAA